UGUUGGUUUUGGAUGGAAGGGGGGUUCGUUAAAUUGAAAGAAAGAUGAUUAUUUCAGAAAGAAAACGUGCAAAUCGGAGAAAGAAAGAGACGAGGCGGGGGGAGGGGUGUGAGAGGAAGGGGGCGGUUAAUGAAUCAAAUUUAGGUCUGCGGCCCCUGUCGUGUACUUAACAACUGGUUCCGCGAUUUCAACGCGUGAGGACAACCUCUUUUUUUUUUCUUUGACAAACAAUUAUUUGUUCUACUUAAGACUAUCAGUGCUUUUUAAUAGUUUCAGUGAAUAUUUCUUACAGGCGGUAAGUUCCACGAUAGAAUACAGUACAGUGAAGACUGUUGUGGCGUUGUCGCUCAAUUUAUACUGCAAUCAUCGAUUGCAUUCUGCAGGAGGACAUUCAAUUGUGAUUAAUUAAUUAAGAAAAUAGAAGGAGUAUUUCAGCUUAUUACUCAUCGACAUCUACACGAGAAUAUGCGAGAAUACAAGAUUUUAUUUUAUUCUAGAUUAAUCCAUUAAGUGCAAGAUAGUUAAACUAGAGUUAUCAAUCCUUUGCUUGCAGGAAAAUUGAAAUUUGGCAUAUUCUCUUCGAGCGAAACAGUUUUUCGUGUAUAAAUUUAAAAUUUUGAACUUUGAACUAUGAACUUUAAACCAUGAAUCUGAUUUGACUAGCACAUUUCUUAUUUGACAUUUAAAUUAGUAUUAUAGGCCAGUGUAGAUUGUAACUGAAGUCUUAGUGUAUACUAUUGACAAAUGCUGUGCAAACGUUCCCACACCAUCAAUAUGUAAAGAGACGCGUUGAAAGCAAAGUAGAAGUGAACCGUUAACGGAGAGUGCAAACACUCAGGAGGUCGUCCAAACGGAGGAGUUUAGGCACUUAAGGAGGUCCCAUAGACGGAGGACCUUAGACACUUAACAGGAGGUCCAAUAUACGAAGGACCUUACAACUUAAAAUUGCACUAUGGACCUGAGCGUACGCAAGAGGACAGGCUACGACAUUGAAAGCCUGUUGGGUGACGUCACGCCGAGAUUUAUCGCCCAAGAUGACGUGAGCGCAGGCUAUAGGACAGCCAGUGAUUCACAGAUUGCCGGUACGUUUCAGAGUUCCAGGGUGGCCAUCUUGAGACCGGAAGUCGGAAAUACAUCGCCUGGAGGACAAUCACAACAAGAACUGUUCGUAGCCAGGCCGCCACCUGCGACGAAUUCACCCGGGGCUUUGACUUCCGUAAUUAGAAAGGAUAUUAUCAAAAUCGGCUCUGGCCUGGAAGAUAAUUUGUGUAAUGGAGGGUAUAAUGGAAAUAAAUUCCAGAGCUCGCCCCGGGGGAUGAAAAGUGUCGGCUACUCCCCUGAGGAACAGUGCUCUGAUAGAAGAGACUUGCCGAUGGACCAUCUCGUGGAGGAUGAAAACGAUGAGACAGGGGAAGACGACAACAACAACAAUUACUCCCGCGAAGACGACGCUCCUGGGUCCGGUGAUGUCAUCGCUAAGUGCAGGGUCACGUCAGUGGCGGACCACGCUCUGUCUCCGUACUCGGACAGGACUUUCUUCUCCGAAGGAGAACGAUACUCCGCGGUGAGGCCGAGAGGGGACGCCAAGGAAGGCCCUUACGGCAUCAAGUCCGAGCAGGCGAACGACGCUGGCAGCGAUUACAACAGCGGCGACGAGAUCAAAGGCCGGGCCAGCUGCGAGGUGGACGAAGGUGAGAACGGCUGUGACGAUGACGACGAGGCUUCCGAAAGAGAUAAAGAGCUGGAAGAGAUGGGAAAGAGGAAGCAGAGGAGGUACAGAACCACCUUCACCAGCUACCAGCUGGAAGAACUCGAGAGAGCAUUUCAGAAGACACAUUACCCGGAUGUAUUUACCAGAGAAGAGCUCGCCAUGAGAAUAGAUCUGACAGAGGCUCGAGUGCAAGUUUGGUUUCAAAAUAGAAGAGCUAAAUGGAGAAAGAAAGAAAAAGUCGGUGGUCAGUCAAAUCCUUUUAACCCCUACCCACCUGGAUUGGGCAUGAUGACCAGGGGUAUUCUGGGACCUCCACCUGGACCACAUCUUCAUCAUCCACAUCACCCUUACCAAGGAUCCUACUCUGAUCUACUCUUGAAGACCUACGAGAACACGCUUAUGUCCAGGUACGGAGUUCCACCGCAGAUGAGCCCAUUCGGGAACGCUGGUUUCUACUCCCCCGCCGCGGCGUUCUCCUCUCUCGGAAUGACGCCGCAGGGAGGACUCGCGUCCAUCAGGGCACUCAAUCCCAUGUCGUUGUCUCUGCCGCCUCCGGGGUCUUUUCAGCACCUCCUUGCAAGCAUGACCUCGACGGCCCUGAAAGCCAGACAGACGGCGGACGUGACAUCGUUCUCGCCGCCCACUACUCCGGUUCUGUCCAAGACGACGACGCCGUCGCCUCCUAGCAACGAAACAGACCCGGCCAAUCGUAAGCAGACGUCACCCGAUCUGGGCCACGAAGAGGAACUCAACAGGGGUUUGCUACUUCCUGUGAAGGGUGACGUCAGAAACUCCAGCAUAGCAUCCUUGAGACUGAAAGCGCGCGAACAUCAGCUAAGACUAGGCGCAGACAACACAACAAGGAUUGUUUACUGAGUUAUCUUCUCUUAUCUAUGUAUUCCUGUUUAAACGUCCCCAGCAAAAUUCCUAAAAAAUAUUGCUAGAAGAUCUGAAGAAAAGUUGGUGUCUAACGUUGAAGAAAUAGAGACUAAUCAAAUACGCCCAGGCAUUAUUAGAAACAUAUAUUUGUGUUACAACUAUUGCGUACUAUACUUACGAUCCUGCAACUCAUAUUAUAAUCUCCAACCUCUGUCAAUAGCAUAGGACCUUGUUGGCCAGGUCUCAGUUCUGCGAAGUUCACAUUAUUUAAAACGUCUACACCAAAGAUUGUCAUUACAAGCCUCGGUUUGGCUAAUAACCAGAAACGUAUGAGCCAAAUAUAUUUUAAACGAGCCCUUUUGGCGGUAUUAAUGAGAACGCCAAAAUUACUUUGCAAGUCGAACGGGAAAAGAAAAAAAAGCUUCUUCUGACACCAAACAAUUUUAGUUUGGAAAUCCGGAAGCCCGCACUAUUAGACAAAUGUAUAGUUGCUUUUGGAAAUGAGUUGUUUUUCUUUAUUCUGAAAACAAGGAGGGAAGCUGGUUAAUUGUACAUAUUACAUUUAACUACUCAGACUCAUGAACAAGUAAGUAUCGAAAAUUUAACAUUUUGUGGACUGCAUGAAAACUUUGAACGUGUAAGAUUAAGGUUAUCAGAUGGACGGAAAAACGAGGACAUGUCCUCUUUUUCGGGUUUAUGCCCUCCUUAUGGCAGACAUUGGUCUAAACUGUGAAAAUGUCUGACUUUUACUCUGCUACAACUGCAAAUUAUCCAUUGAUCUUAUUCUGAUUUUAAAGUACAUUAUAGUUUAAACACACAAACUCAUUAAUUAAUUAAAAAAAACGCUGACACCAUUUAUUGGCUAUCUCCGACACAUAAUUUCGAUUGAUAUUGAAAACUUGUAUCGCAAAAGAAGUGAAAAAAUUAAUACAGGUAUAGAGUUCAAACUCAGUUAUCUGUUCUUUGUUUGCAUUUUGAUCCUUUGUAAGAUACGGUUUACAUUUUAAAGCAAUACAAUAGAAAAGAAGAGAAAGUAAUGUGGAGAAAGGUGAAAAGAUAUAAAACAGUCUCAUGGCAAAACGCAAGGAAAUGAAAAAAAGGAAGAUUUGGGAGAGAUUUUAAAAUAAAUAGACAAAAUAAACAUUGUCAAGGACGCCAUUUUGAAAGAAAACUGUUGACAAACUGUACACCGGAUACACCAAAAAAAAAACACAAAAAGCUCUAGCUGUAUAUGUCAGUUAUCUGUUAUAGAUAGGACUCGUCUAUAUCCUCAUGUAUAGAGUUUGGAAGAAUCUAUCUUUGCUUGUCUCUUUUUCUGUAUUACAUUCAUUGUUUAUUGUUAUACGAGAUGCUUUUUAUAUAUGUAACUAAUUUAAUAAUUUCUGAAAUGCUUUUUAAAAAAGUGCAAACAAUUUCAAAUUGUAUGAACUAAUUUAUUAAUUUGAUUUUAUUUUUUAUUUGUGUCACUGUUUUAGAUUGUAUAAAUUAAUUUAUUCGUUUGAUCAUAAAGUUUUUUUGUUUGUUUUUUAUCUGUGCCAUUCCCGAAAUUGUGAA